AGGUCGACAGACGCUGCCUUGGAAACGACAUAAAUCCAGUCCGUGCAGCUGGGUCGCGAGCAGGGACCUAUAUUUCCUCACUUCAAAGGCUUCCGCCCCUCUGCUCCUCUUCCUCCUCCACCUCUUCUCCAUCCCUUCCUCCAUCCAUCCUGCCGCCCCUGCGCUGCGAGCAUGGAUGGUCUGAAAUGAAGCGCAAAGCAGCAGAUAAGGAGCGGCGAGCAGCGUUUAAAUAACCAGAGAGAGAAAGUGACUGGGCAGACCCGCAGCCAGUCUUCUACAGGAGUGAAGCAGUAUGCCGUUGGUGAAGAGGAACAUUGAGCCCCGGCAUUUGUGCCGUGGGGCGCUGCCGGAUGGGGUGACCAGUGAGUUGGAGUGUGUCACCAACAGCACGCUAGCUGCCAUCAUCAAACAGCUGGGCAGUCUGAGUCGGCAUGCAGAGGACAUUUUUGGAGAACUGUUUAAUGAAGCCAACAGCUUCUACCUGAGGAUGAGCAGCCUGCAGGAGAGAGUGGACCAGCUGGCCGUGAAAGUCACUCAGCUCGACUCCACUGUGGAGGAAGUUUCCCUGCAGGAUAUCAACAUGAGAAAGGCCUUUAAAAGCAGCACAAUUCAGGACCAGCAGGUAGUUUCUAGGACGUCUGUGCCCAACCCUGUGGUGGAGAUGUACCACCGUUGUGACAAGCCUCCACCACUUAACAUCCUCAGCCCCUACAGGGACGACAAGAAAGACGCGCUGAAGUUCUACACCGACCCCUCUUACUUCUUCAAUCUUUGGAAGGAGAAGAUGCUGCAGGCCACCGAAGAUAAACGCAAAGAGAAGAGGAGGCAGAAGGGCUGUCCGGCCCACCCUGACAGGCCCCACUCAAGACAGGCCCCACCCAGGAGCCCCCUGUCCAUCUCUGAGCAGCAGAAGCAGGUUGAAGACCCGGGAAGAGAAGUGAAGAAGGUGCGUAAGGCUCGUAACCGUCGUCAGGAGUGGAACGUCCUGGCUUAUGAUAAAGAGUUCAGACCUGACGCCAAGCUCACCCCAUCUCCUUACCAUGGCAUGUCCUCUGAAGGCUCACUGUCCCCUGAUAGCAGAUCAAUGGCAUCUGACUCCUAUCCAGCGAGCCCCAACCACCCCUCCACCCAGGCCCCCAGUGCCACCCACCCCAAUGAUCAUCAUGCCAGGGACCACCUCAGCGCUGCACCCCAGACCCAGUCACUGGAUCGGGGCCUGAGGCCGGCUAACCAGCCUCCAGGUGCCGGGCCACCGGCAGCAGGCCGACAUGUGGCCUCUCUGGGCAGGACCCCAUCAGGACACGGGGCCCAGGCUGGAGGAGAUCUGACAGUCAACGGUCCGAGGCAACAGUCAGUUAAGGACUACCGGGCCGGACACGGUGGCCAGCCCUCCACCAUCCCAGAGUACUACAUUCCUCCAGCCCCUCCUCCACCACCCCCAACCAUCCCCUCCGCACAGACCGCCUUCGACUCCGCCACAGCCCCACCCUCCGCUGCCGCCUCUGUUGUCCCACCAACCUCCUCUGCCCUCUCUCGCCCCUAUUCUCCCUCGCCUCCUCCACCCCCAGCCAACUAUGUGCCCUCCCCUGCCCACCCACCUUCAGGUGCACCCCCAGCAGCCCCUCCGCCCCCACCACCUGGAGCACCUGUGGGACACCAGGCCCACCCAUCCCCGCCGCAAGCCGCUGUCGGUCAGACAGCUGUGGACGCAGUGCCCUCGACAAGGAAGUCCACCAUGCUGGGGAUGAUCCCGAUGAGCGACGCGCGCUCCGACCUGCUGGCCGCCAUACGUAGAGGUAUCCAGCUAAGGAAAGUGCAGGAGCAGAGAGAGCAGGAGGCGAAGCGGGAACCUGUUGGCAAUGACGUGGCCACCAUCUUGUCACGCCGCAUCGCCGUGGAGUACAGCGAGUCUGACGACGACUCUGAGCUUGAUGAGAACGAGUGGUCUGACUAAAAUAAGAUGAAGUAAGGGGGCUUGGUUGGUGAAGUAAUCAGAGAGUGUAAGUCGGGAGAAUUGUGACACUGAGCUAAAAGUGAAGGAUCUGGUACAUUUUAAUGUCAUCAUUAACAUUUUUAACAGAAAAAACUUCGACAUCAACCAUGUAUCAGUUCAAACAUAGUCCGGAUUGCCUGUUCCAGCCUCUUGAAGCACUGGCAACAGGUUGCAUGGUUGCCCCUGGCAACAUCUAUUCUUGACUUAAAACCCCAGAGAUUUUUUUUUUCCUUACAUGCCUCACCACAUCAAGGUGUGUGGCAUAACAAGCGCACACCUUCCUUUUCCACAGGCUCCCGCCCCCAUCUGCUCAUCUUUAACUAUAAACACUGAGCAGUGAAAAACAAACACGCCAGCUUCUCUCGUCCUACACAUUGGAUGGUAAUUAUUAGCAAUAUUACAGGCUCUCAAGCUGCGAGUAGGCGGGCCCCUCGUGAAUAUGAGGGUAAUGUGUUUACAAAACACAUGGUAUAGCACAAGAAAGAUUAAUAAUAGUGCAAUCUUAACUUAUCUGCCAAAUGUUGAGAAAGAAUUUAUGAAAACAGGUCAGGAUAAUCAGGGAAAAUGAUAGCUUAUUAGCAGGUUACUGUGCUUUUCCAGGUUGUGCCUGUUUUUGAAACAUGCACUCUCUCAGUAAGUGAUGCUGACAUUUUAUGAGUUUGGUCCACAGUCACGCCCACAUUUUCUGUGAUAGGAACCCCAGCUGCAUGCUGCUUACAGUACAGUAUCUAACAGGAUGAGGAUAACUGCAGCUGCCCUGCUGCCUUCAAAGAAAUACAGAAAUUUAAGGAAUAAUUUUUUAAAAGAACUUGUUGAUCUCCAGCUCAAGUAUGUUAACUUAAAGAGGAAGCUAAGCACAUGGUUUGUUUAUCUUUAAUUAAAAAAAAAACCUAGUGAAAAAUGUCACCCAGUCACUUACAUAAUAUUGUUUGUUUCUCCAUGAAUAAUAAUUUAAUGUUGCUUUAAUGUCAAUGUUAAUAUUGAAGAGCUCAAAUUAUUCCCAUUUACAAUUUGAUCAUUUCAAUAUAGGGUCUUUAAAUAAACUCACAUGCUUUAAAUAUAAAAAUAAUAAAAUAAUAAAAAAGUGUACAUUUAUUUAUUUAGUGUAUAAAACGCUUCUGUCUCGUUAAUACUUCCUUCCAAGUACAGUCUUUUUCUAUGUCCACUAAAUUAGACAAAAAUGGAGUCCUGUGAGCUUUCGACUCACUAACGUGUCAGUUCUGUCACCAGCCAGCCAGGAACUAAGUGUUACAUGUUUAUGUAGACAAGGAAAAUAACAGAAACUUGCACUGAAAGCAAACAAGGCGUCUUGGACAGUUCAGGAGUGUCGUAGAAGAAUAAUUCCUUCUCAUAUGGAUUUAGGAAUUAGUGACUUUUUACAAGAUGUACAACACAGAAAAAAGUCUGACGUGGCUUCUUUAAUACAGAAGUUCCCGAUGUAAGAACUUUAGAAAUAACAGAAAACCUUUAAUAAUAAUUCAAGUUUCAUUUAAUGUCCAUCUGUCAAAACAGCUGAUUGUUAGAGGAUUAUUGUUAAAAAGCAUUCAUGAUAACAAUGUUCUUAUAUUAUUAUUUAGAGAGGCUUGUUCUGUUCUUCUUUGUUUUAUUUUGUUUUAGUUUUUUCAGUUUAA